AUGACGGACAUACGAGGAUCCUUCCAGUUCUUUGACAAAAACGGUGACGGCUCCAUUUCUCGUGACGAAUUGGCGGCCGUUAUGAGUUACCUGGGCCACGAGCCGGGCCAAGCAGAUCUGGAAGCUAUGAUGCGACAGGUGGACGGAGACGGUAAGUCAGCUGCUUCUACCUCUCUCGUUCUCACUCAUACACGCACACGCACACGCACACAUAAACACGGAAACAUACCCUUCAUACUGCCUAGUGUGAUGUAA